AUGGGAGGAGGGAGCAAUAAUAGUCACAAUAUUGACAACGGGAAGUACGUAAGGUACACUCCUGAACAAGUUGAAGCUUUGGAGAGACUCUACAAUGACUGUCCUAAACCAAGCUCUAUGCGUCGCCAACAACUAAUCCGCGAAUGUCCCAUUCUCUCCAACAUCGAGCCUAAACAGAUCAAAGUCUGGUUCCAGAAUCGCAGGUGUAGAGAGAAACAGCGGAAAGAGGCUUCGAGGCUUCAAGCUGUGAAUCGGAAGCUAACCGCGAUGAACAAGCUUCUGAUGGAAGAGAAUGACCGGUUACAAAAGCAAGUGUCUCACUUGGUUUACGAAAACAGCUAUUUUCGCCAACACCCUCAAAACCAGGGGAACUUGGCGACCACGGAUACGAGCUGCGAGUCAGUGGUGACGAGUGGUCAGCACCACUUGACCCCUCAACACCAGCCUCGUGAUGCUAGUCCUGCUGGAUUAUUGUCCAUUGCGGAUGAAACUUUAACAGAGUUCAUUUCUAAGGCUACUGGAACUGCCGUUGAGUGGGUCCAAAUGCCUGGGAUGAAGCCUGGUCCGGAUUCCAUCGGAAUCGUUGCUAUUUCUCACGGAUGCACGGGAAUCGCAGCUCGUGCUUGCGGCCUUGUGGGACUUGAUCCAACAAGGGUCGCGGAGAUCCUAAAGGAUCGGCCUUGUUGGUUGCGUGAUUGCAGAUCUCUAGAUAUCGUUAACGUCCUCUCCACGGCAAACGGUGGAACCCUCGAACUAAUCUACAUGCAGCUUUAUGCGCCGACAACAUUGGCACCAGCUCGUGACUUCUGGAUGCUACGUUACACAUCUGUAAUGGAAGACGGAAGCCUUGUGAUAUGCGAACGGUCGUUGAACAAUACACAAAAUGGGCCAAGUAUGCCACCAUCUCCUCAUUUCGUUAGAGCAGAGAUUUUACCAAGUGGAUACCUCAUUAGACCAUGUGAAGGAGGUGGAUCCAUUCUCCACAUUGUCGAUCAUUUCGAUCUUGAGCCAUGGAGUGUACCAGAAGUUCUUCGUUCUCUCUAUGAGUCCUCGACGUUACUCGCCCAAAGAACCACCAUGGCAGCUCUACGCUAUUUGAGGCAAAUAUCUCAAGAGAUCUCACAACCUAACGUAAGUGGUUGGGGAAGAAGACCAGCGGCUCUAAGAGCACUUAGCCAAAGACUCAGCAAAGGAUUCAAUGAAGCAGUCAAUGGAUUUAGCGAUGAAGGCUGGUCGAUGCUAGAGAGUGAUGGUAUCGAUGAUGUUACUCUUCUUGUGAACUCUUCUCCUACAAAGAUGAUGAUGACUUCAAGUCUCCCAUUCUCCAAUGGCUUCACUUCAAUGCCUAGCGCGGUUCUAUGUGCCAAAGCUUCCAUGUUAUUACAAAAUGUUCCUCCCUCGAUUCUUCUGCGGUUCUUGAGGGAACAUAGACAAGAAUGGGCAGACAAUAGCAUCGAUGCGUAUUCAGCUGCAGCCAUCAAGGCUGGGCCUUGUAGCUUACCAAUUCCUCGACCAGGGAGCUUUGGUGGUCAAGUCAUUCUUCCUCUAGCUCACACAAUAGAAAAUGAAGAGUUCAUGGAAGUGAUUAAGCUUGAGAGUUUGGGGCAUUACCAAGAAGACAUGAUGAUGCCUGCCGAUAUCUUCCUUCUGCAAAUGUGCAGCGGAGUGGAUGAGAACGCCGUUGAAUCAUGCGCAGAGCUUAUCUUUGCACCAAUCGACGCAUCUUUCUCUGAUGAUGCACCGAUCAUUCCUUCCGGUUUCCGCAUCAUUCCUCUAGAUUCCAAAUCAGAGGGGUUGAGUCCUAACCGAACAUUAGACCUAGCCUCGGCUCUAGAUGUCGGAAGCAGAACAGCCGGAGAUUCAUGUGGAAACAGAGGAAAUUCAAAAUCAGUCAUGACAAUCGCGUUUCAGCUAGCUUUUGAGAUGCAUUUGCAAGACAAUGUAGCUUCAAUGGCUAGACAAUACGUGAGAAGUGUGAUUGCAUCUGUCCAACGGGUCGCCCUUGCGCUAUCUCCUUCUUCUCAUCAGCUAAGCGGAGGUCUGCGUCCUCCACCCGCAUCGCCCGAAGCUCACACGCUAGCUCGUUGGAUAUCUCACUCGUAUAGAUGUUACCUUGGCGUUGAACUACUGAAACCUAAUGGAACCGAUCUUCUCAAGUCUCUUUGGCACCAUCCUGAUGCAGUCAUGUGUUGUUCACUCAAGGCCGUACCGGUAUUCACAUUUGCGAACCAGGCCGGUUUAGACAUGCUGGAGACGACAUUGGUUGCACUUCAAGAUAUCACUCUCGAGAAGAUCUUCGAAAACAACGGGAAGAAGACGUUAUGCUCCGAGUUCCCUCAGAUCAUGCAACAGGGGUUUUUGUGUAUUGAUGGAGGAAUAUGCAUGUCGAGCAUGGGAAGAGCAGUAACGUACGAGAAAGCUGUUGCAUGGAAAGUGUUGAAUGAAGACGAAGAUCCUCACUGCAUCUGCUUCAUGUUUCUCAAUUGGUCUUUUAUCUGA